CCCAAAACAAAACAAAAAAAACACUGAACAAAACAAAAACCAAACUCUCCAAACGGUCUAAACCCAAAAUCUGCGCUCCCCCCUCCGGUAUAAGGGGCGUUGCCUAUUCGGCCACCGCUACACGUCCAUGUAAGCCAGAGUAUUGCCUGGCCACCAUGCGCUGGUGGUGGAAAACCGAAAGAGGUUGGUUCGCAAAAGCGCGUCCAGUAAGAGCGGAAAAACGGCAGCCACCCGCGCGGCAAAUGAGAGGAAGCUCCAACGCAAUCCCAACGGGAAUGUAUUGCAAAGGUGCGUGCAUUCGUUAAAUGUUUCUCCGUUUUGCACACCAGCAAGCAAGCAAGCGCCUGCGACAGUGAUGGAACGUGAGUGGCGGAACGCGGCAAUGGAGACAUCCCCCACCCCGCACUGGCCAACAGCUGGUCGAAGAAAGAGCGCGAACGCCUUCGCACCACACCGAACGCCGUGGAAGUAGUAGGACGGCCGAGACACGGGACUGGAAAUAUCGAUUGACUCAUAUUCUGAAGACCACCCGAAACACACCCAUCGGCUCCAGCAUCGCGCACAAGUCACGAACGACUACAGCCAUCAGAGAGGGAGGGGACGCUGGGGCGUCUGCGAACGCUGGAAUUCGUCCGGAAUGGAAUGGAAUGGCAGAGGACGAUGAGCGUUGCCGUGCAUCGGAAGUAAAUCGGUGGAUCGAGAACCGGAGAACACAGAACCAUUGAGAAAGCACAAGCACAACCGUAGUUCCUCGCUUCGUGUUGUGUUUCCUUUCCUUCCUCUGUAUGUUGCCUCUAUGUUCUCUCUACUUUUUUUCUUUCUUCUUUAUGUUUUCAUUUAUUGCACUCAAUGAUCUCCAUCAUUCCAUCUGCGUCGUGCAAGAAGUCGUUUACGCAGAGAAUGGGCUUGUGUCACAGAAUUUUAGAAUCGAUAUUUUCAGCCACCCGGUCUUGGCUUAUCCCCUACUUCCAACGGUAUGUGCUGCCGGUGCGGCCCAUGAUACCGAUGAUUCUCGACCAGCACUACAUCAAUCUGAAGUCGCAGGUGAUCAAGGCCGAGCGACGGGUACUGAAGGAGCUCGGGUUUUGUGUGCACGUGAAGCACCCGCACAAGCUGAUUGUGAUGUACUUGAAGUAUCUCGAGCUCGAGAUGCACCAAAGCAUGAUGCAGAUGGCUUGGAACUUCAUGAACGAUUCCUUCCGCACGGACGUAUUCGUACGCCAUCAGCCGGAGACGAUAGCGUGUGCCUGUAUUUAUCUGACCGCUCGCAAGCAAAACAUUCCGCUCCCGAACAAUCCACCCUGGUUCGUGAUAUUUCGCGUCAGCGAGGACGAUAUGCUGGACGUGAGCUAUCGCAUUAUGGCACUGUAUCGGCGCGCCAAACCCAAUGCCGAGCAGCUGGAUUUGGCCGUCGAAGCGCUGAAAAAGCAGUACCAGGAGCAACGAAAAAAGGAUCGUCCCGAUACGAGCACCCCACCGACCGUCAUUACCGUUGACCGUAACAACGGCUCACACAACGCAUGGGGUGGAUUCAUUCAACGAGCCCUCCCACCGGCACCGAAUGCUAACUCAAGCAACACUAGCAACGCAACUACCACAACAACUACUACUGCUACUACUAGCGCCGUAACCCUUGGCGGAGGUACCGUUCCUACGGCAGGUAACAACGGUAGCACUGCUGGUACAGGUAGUAUCGCCAACGUGCACCAGAAUACCACAAACAGUGGCACAAAUAGCAACAAUAACAACAACGAAUCCUCCUCCGACGGUGCAAAGUUGCUGGAUGGAGAUGGCAAGCGAUCGUCGCGCUCGCGUUCCAAAUCGGAGACGUCUCGAUCGAGAUCAAAGUCGCGCUCCCUCUCGAGAUCGCGAUCACCUUCGCGUUCUCAUUCGCGCUCGCGCUCCAGAACUUCGCGAUCCCGUUCCAAGACGAAAACUUCCCGGUCGCGAUCGCGCAGCUUGGUAUCGCGAUCCAGAUCACGAUCGCGGUCGCGUUCGGCGGCUCAUUCGCCGCACUACUCGACGGCAGAGGGCAAGACCGGUAGUGGUGGUAAGCGGAGUGGGAAGAAAUCUCGUCACCGAUCGAAAACUCCCUCAAAAUUGACGUCCUCCACGGCCAGCAAGAAGAAGCUAUCCCGUCACUACUCAUCACGCACUCCGUCACCCGAUUCGCCGCAGAAGUACAAAAAGAGUGACAAAAAGUAUGAUCGCCGUUCGGGGCGCGAUGAACGAGGCAGCGACAAUCGCUAUACGAACGGUACUGACCGUGAUCGCGAGCGGGAUCGAGUAAAGACAAGCAACAUCGGCACCCUCGGGGCCAUGCUUGAGCAUCGCGAGCGCCACCGGGAUCGGGAACGAGAACGCGAUCGUGAGCGGGAUCGUGUGCGUUCUGACAAGGGUGGCUACGAUAGGGACGAUUAUCGCGGUCGCAGCGAAAAGGAAUACCGUGGCAACGGUAAACACGAUAAGUACUCAUCCAGCCGGCACAAUAGCCCUUCGCACGGUCGGCAUCGUUCGUCCAAACACGAACGUGAUCGUUCCCGCGAACGUGACCGCGAUCGAGAUCGUCGGCGAUAAAAUCUCGCGAACAACGUCGUUUCGCUGAGCCCUCAACUCUACACGGCCAUACGAUUUUUUGGGGAUGUCAACCGUCGUCAACUCUAUCAUUCACCGUUCACUUUCAAAAGUUCAAUACAAGACAAUGAUAGAGAAGCGAGAGGUUCCCGUUUUGUCCUUCAUCAUCAUCCUUCGUUUUCCUGUCUCGUCGCCGGGUGCCACUUGUCCGGUUUUCGAUUAUCGAUAGAAUCGUGUGCCGAAUUAGCUUUAAUUUCGUCCUGGCAUUCGUAAUUGUGACCGAAUCAAUCAUUCUCUGUGUGCAGCAUCCGGCGGAGAUCCUUCUCCCUCUGGGUCCCACUCUGGGCAAGUGCGGGUUGCUACGUUACAGCAUUACCACGAUAAGAUAAACGUAACUGUAUGACCGAGGAGUCCAAAUCGUUUUUAAUCGAUUACUGUGUAUGGCGCGAGUGUCGUCGGGAGAGGUAUGUGGCUGACCCGCGUCGAUGGGAGAUGUGUACGUACGACACAAACGAGUAAAAUUACGUGUGGGAAAAUAUAUAAAGUUAAAAAUGUUAUUUACAA